CUGUGAAACACCUUGUGAGGGUUUGAAUGAACGAGCUGAGCUCCAAGCUGAACCUCCGUGGUGCUGAAGAGAUCCUCUGACCUCUCACAUCUGCAGACAUGUUCACCCGGAUGUUAAAGCUGAGACUUCUGAAUGCUGUUGCCCCGGCUUACUUCUUCAUGGCUACAGCAGUCACCUUCAUUUUACACUUUGGCUUUUUUAUCCCAACCAUCUUCCCAAACCGGGACACAUCUCUGAAGAGCUCCACCACUCUUCACACGGUUGUUUUCCUUUUCUUGAUGUUCAAUGCUUUGGGAAACUACAUGAUGACUAUUAAAUAUCCUGCGGAAAGCGCAAACGAGUCCGUGGUACCGGUGUGUUCGCCGCACUGCUCGGACAAAGUGGAUGCCCACUACCUCCUGAACGGUCGACACUUCUGCAAACUGUGCAAGAAAGUUAUUCUGAAGAGAGACCAUCAUUGCUUUUUCACCGGGAACUGCAUCGGAAACAAAAACAUGCGCUACUUCAUUAUGUUCUGCAUCUACACAUCAUGUACGUGCUUAUACUCGCUGGUUCUCGGUGUGGCCUUCCUCACAGUAGAGUAUGAAAUCUCCUUCGAGAACCCACUCACCUUCCUCACUCUCCUUCCCCUCUCCACUGGGUACUUCUUUAUGGGAACAAUCUCAGGUCUGCAGCUGUUCCUGAUACUCAUGCUCUACGUGUGGCUCGGCAUAGGUCUGGUCUGCGCAGGAUUCUGCUGCCAGCAGGUGCUGCUGGUUGCCCGAGGCCAGACCUGGUGCCAGAUGCAACGGGGUCAGCUUGUGGAGAACCGACACCCAUGGAGAAGCAACCUUCGGGAUGUUUUCGGUACCCGCUGGCUCCUCGGCCUCGUCCUGCCUCUGCAAACAGUGGAAAUGUGCUCUGAAGACACAGAUGCACAAAAACAAGACUGAACAAUAAUGCGUCUUAUUAGAAGCAUACAAAUACUCCCUUGAGAUCAGGGGUGAUAGAUUUAAAAUAUAAAAUGGAUGCUUUAUGAACUUUAAAGUAGACCAUGAAAGUUAGCUGUUAGCACACAUUCCUUUAAGGACAGGAGCCAUAUAUUAGUGUGAAACUAUUACAUAAGUGCGUAGUCUAAGUGUAUCCUUAAAGUAGCUCUGACAAGGCAAUAUUAGGACAAGUAAGAUGGUCAUGUAGGACAUCCAGCAAUUUUUUCAUACACUUCUUGCUUGUAUCAAAGUAUGACUGCCUUUUUUGCAUAGGUGCAUGCAUUUGCAGCUUUGCACUUUUAUAUUGCAUCAUGCAGUGCUUGAGAUUACCACACAAGUAUGUUUUUGUGCUGCACUUUUCUUGUUGGAAGCUUUAGUGUGACAUUCAGGAAACUUCUGGUAGUUUCUGCAACAAUAAUUCACUUCUCUGUUAAGGGCUAGCAGACAAGGAAACUACAGGAUCUAAAGCAUAAACUGCCAGGCUUGAAAAUAAUAAUCCUGCUACAAGUUGAGCCUGAUGUUUUCUACUUAGAUGAAUGUGACUCAGACAGUGUGACGCAGGUAAUGUGCUGCUUUAUAUGAGUGGGAUGGGGAUGUGGUUGUGAUUACCAUUCUAUUAUCCAGGGUAUUAUUCACAGUGUGCCAUAACUCAUGUCUUACAUGCUUACUGAAUACCCCAAAGAUGAGGUAUCUGCUACAUUGCUACAGAAAGGGCGUCUUUAUAAUAACUGUAAGGACUUUCACUGUAAUGCCACUGAAAUACUAAACAUUAUGUGAAAAGUGUUUAGAAUUUCAAUAUACCAGAGCUAUUUUGUCUAUUUCUGUAAUGCCAAUAAAAGCAU